AUGACGGACGGCCAACACGCGGAGAGCGGGACCGGAAGCUUCGCGGACGUGGAGUGGCGCAGCGAGUGCUACCGCAGCGCGGCGAUGACGCACGUCGACCCUGACGACGACGACGACGAGGCGCGCGAGCUGCAUGCGGAGCUGGCGGAGGCGCAGGAGCGACGGCUGGUGGAGCGGAAGCUGUCGCUCGUGGUGGGCAUCUGCUUCGUCUUCAUGCUCGUCGAGGUCGUUGGCGGCCUACUGGCUAACAGCCUCGCGAUAAUGACGGACGCGGCGCACCUACUAACGGACGUGGCGGGGCUCGUGAUAUCGCUGCUGGCGGUGCGCAUGGCGGGGUGGCGGCCCGACCCGCGGUUCACGUACGGCUACGUGCGCGCGGAGGUGGUGGGCGCGCUGGCGUCCGUGGCGCUCAUCUGGGUCGUCACGGCGCUCAUCCUCUACGAAGCCAUCUCCCGGCUGUUCUACGAGCACCCUCCCGUGGAUGGGGGGCUCAUGUUCGUGAUCGCGGCGUUCGGUACAGUGGCGAACAUCGUGAUGGCCGUGUGCCUGCACACGCCCGCCGUCAUUGGCAACGACGGCGCCGCCUCCUCCAUCCCCCACUUCCACAUGCACCUCGGCACCUCGUGCUCUGAUGGCCACGCACACUCGCACUCGCACUCGCAAUCGCACUCGCACGCCCACGAGCACGACCACAGCCACAACCACUCUCAUGACCACUCUCACUCUCACGACCACUCGCAUUCACACAAUCACUCACACUCGAAGCAGCAUGCCGCGGAGCACGCACACUCCCACGGGCAUGGCCAUGCAAGUGAGCAUCCGGGAUGCACACAUGGCCUUUCCAGCAGCCUCUCGCACGCGCACGCUGAUGCAGCUGCCCCCUGCCAUGCCGUGCAUCAUGCACAUGAACACACCCACCACCACCACCACGACGAGCACCACCAGCAGAAACAACAAUCUGGGUGUCACACUGAUCACGUGGCUGUUGAGCUCCCACUCCUCGCGGCUUCUCCUGCCCAUGCUGCCGCUCACACCCACACUCACUCUCAUGCUUGUGAUGCUGGUUCAGGCGACGCACUGGCUUUAUCACCCACCACCCCCAUCGCACUGGCUUUAUCCGCAAUCUCCUCCUCCUCCUCCUCGCUUGCUGUGUGCGACGAAUCCUCCCUACCUCUCAUUCUCAACCAGGACUGCUCACACUCGCAUGCUCACUCCAAGUCGCAUUCCCUCUCACAACCACACGUGCAUGCCCACUCCCAUGCCCCGGCCCCACACGGCACCCGGAAGGAGAGCAGCCGACAAGGCGAGCAGCGAAAGCCAGCGCACAGCUGCAGCCACGGCAAGAAACCACCAACCCACUCCAAAGCCUCUCUCCCGGAGCCAGCAGCUGGCGCAGUGGAGGCAGCAGCAACGGCAGCUGUAGCAGCAGUGGCGGGCGUGGCUACAGCCGUGGCGUCCAUAGUGUGGCGCAGCCAGGCAGCAGCGGUGCCAUCGGGGCAUGGCAGAGAGCGGGAUGUGAGCAUGCGCGUGGACCUGAACGUGAAUGUGAACAUGAGGGGCGCGCUGCUGCACGUGCUGGGCGACCUGCUGCAGUCCAUUGGUGUGCUCAUCGCCGGUGCUGUCAUCUGGGCCUACCCUUCCAUGCAGUGGGUGGACCUGCUGUGCACGUUCCUCUUCUCGUUCCUGGUGCUCGCCACCACCACGGGCAUCACGGGAGACAUUGUCUCCGUGCUGCUGCAGACGGCUCCUCGCAACGUGGACACAGAGGAGGUGCGCCACACCCUAUCUGAGCUCCCAGGAGUGGCAGCGGUGCACAGCCUGCAUGUGUGGCAGCUGUCGCUCAACAAGUCCGUGCUCUCCUGUCGCAUCCUCGCCCUCCCAACUGCUGCGCCUGAAGAAAUUGCAGCUGCGACCCGGCGCCUGUGCAAGAAGCAGUGGGGAAUUCGUCACGCGACAAUCGAGGUGCAACGGCAGGGGCAUGGCAUGCCUGUCCCCUCGCUCUCUUCCUCGUCACUCUCCUCCAUGGCCUCGUCACAUUCAGGCCAGGCCCAAUCACCGUCCGUGCCACUUUCGCCUCCCUGA